AUGGAGAAGAACGAGCCUGAGAUCGCCGUUACCACCGGUGCCACGGUGGACGAGAAGGCCGUCCCCGAUGAUGCGCUCACACAGCUGCGCAACCUAAAGCAGCAUCAUCACUGGGACCCCAAUCUGCCAGACGAUGUGCUCGAGGAGGUCGAUGAGGCCCUGAACACUACGGACAAGGGUGCCCAGAUUGAAAUUGCACGCGAGCUGCUCGAUAACUCUCCCUACGUCGAAGUGCGCGCUGCCGUGCCCAAUGUUGAUGAAGGUGGCUCCGCGAAUACACUGCGCGCGUGGGUCAUUGGCCUGGUCUUCGCGACCAUCGGCUCUGCCCUAAACAUGCUCUUCUCCAUGCGCCAGCCCUAUAUUGUCAUCCCCUCCUACAUCGCCCAAGUGUGCGCCUACCCCGUUGGCAGGGCCUGGGAGAAGGUCAUGCCGAACAAGACCUUCCGCUUCUUUGGGCGUGAGAUCCUCUUGAACCCUGGACCUUUCAACAAGAAGGAGCAUGCAAUCAUUGUCAUCAUGGCCAAUGCCACCUUUGGUGGGGGUGCCGCCUACGCGACCGAUGUCUUGCUGGCCCAGCGUGCUUUCUACAACCAGCGCUAUGGCUGGCCCUUUGAGAUCUUCAUGUGCAUGUCGACGCAGAUGCUCGGGUUCGGGAUGGCUGGCUUCUUUUCACGCUGGUUGGUCACCCCUGCUGCCAUGAUCUGGCCGUCCACCUUGAUCAACACGUCACUCUUCACUGCUCUGCACGACCACUCCCGUCCCGAUCCUCGCAAGGUCUCUGGAUGGAAGAUUGGCAAGUACCGCCUGUUCCUCUACACCAUGAUCGCCGCGUUCUGCUGGUACUGGUUCCCGGGAUACAUCGCCCCGUUCCUGAGCGUCUUCGCUUGGAUUACCUGGAUCAAGCCGCAAAAUGUCGUGAUCAACCAGUUGUUCGGUGGCUGGACUGGCCUCUCACUCAUUCCUAUGACUUUCGACUGGACUCAGAUCUCAGGUUUCAACUUCAGCCCGCUGAUUGCCCCGUGGUAUGCCAUCGCCAACACCCUGUUGGGCAUGGUCCUCUUUUUCUGGAUCGUCACUUGCGGCGUUCAUUUCUCGGGCAAGUUUUAUUCUGCGCAUUUGCCGAUCAGCGACUCCAACAGCUACGACAAUAUGGGCCAAGUCUACAAUGUCACCAGGAUUCUCACUCCUGAGUACACCUUCGACGCCACCAAGUACCAGAACUACUCUCCACUGUUCCUCUCGACCACCUUCAUGCUCAACUACGGCCUCUCGUUUGCUAGCAUGACCGCGGUCCUCGUCCACACCGCAAUCUUCCAUGGACCUGACAUCUGGGCUCGGUUCCGGAACUUCGGCAAGGAGACCGAAGACGUCCAUGGCCGGCUGAUGGCCAAGUACAAGACUGUUCCGAUCUGGUGGUACCUCGUGGUGUUCUUGCUCAUGGCGGCGAUGGCUUUGGGGGUCUCGCUCGGCUACCCAACUCAUCUGAGCUGGUGGGCCUUCAUCAUUGCCCUGCUGAUCUCCGCAGUGUUCUUCAUUCCUCUGGGAAUUGUCAAGGCAUCCACCAACAUCGACCUGGGCCUGAACGUCAUCACUGAGUUCAUUGUCGGCUACAUGCAGCCAGGCCGCCCCAUGGCCAUGAUGCUGUUCAAGACAUACGGCUACAUCACCAUGUACCAGGGGAUGUACUUUACACAGGAUCUCAAGCUGGGACACUAUAUGAAAGUUCCGCCGCGCCUCACUUGGACGGCACAGAUGGUUGCCGGUGUCUGGUCUUCGCUCGUGCAGAUCGCCACCAUGAAUUGGGCCCUAGGCGUCAUCAAUGGCGUGUGUUCCCAAGACCAGCCCAACCACUACAGCUGCCCGAACGGACGCGUGUUUUUCAACGCCUCGAUCAUCUGGGGCGUCAUCGGCCCCAAGCGCAUGUUCUCCAUCCACCAGCUCUACUCGCCACUUUUGAUCUUCUUUGUGGUGGGCGCCAUUUUGCCGGUGAUGGUGUACUUCCUCGCUCGCGCUUUCCCUAGGAGCCCCAUCCGCUACAUUAACGCGCCCAUUCUCUUCGGUGGAGCCGGCCUCAUUCCGCCCGCCACGCCUCUGAACUAUCUCAGCUGGGGCAUUGUCGGUUUCGUAUUCAACAAAUACAUCCGUGGUCGUUUCCGUGGCUGGUGGAUGCACUAUAAUUACGUCUUUUCUGCGGGACUCGAUGUCGGCCUCGUCCUCUCGACCAUCCUUAUCUUUCUGACCCUGAGUCUCACCAACACUAGCUUCCCUAGCUGGUGGGGCACCAACAUUGCUGCUGAGACGGCCGAUGUCAUGGAUACAGCUAUCCAGGUUAAGGGCGUGAAGUUCGGUCCCGAGCACUGGUAG